CACGAAUCCCAAAGACUCGAUUGGACUUUGUAAUGGUCAAAGAUUAGACGCAGAUCGUCAUGUGUAAUAAGAGCCUCCCCGAUGUAACGACUUACCAGCAGAUACAUCUUAGACGUUCUCUUAUGAAGAUUACUCCCUGAACCGAAGUUAUAUAGAUAUUUGUUUUAUUUAAAUUUAAAUUAUCAUUAAAAUAAUAUUAUCAAAAAUUUUUAAUUUUAUUUACUGUAAUGUCGUUUCAACUUGAAGUUGGACCUCUUGAUGAGGAAACUAAAAAAUUAGCUGAAGUUGAGCUUAGAGAAACACCGGAAAAUGUUAAAAAUGGUAUUGCUAAUCUUCGUAAACUUCUUGAAGAAAGUGAAACCUUGUAUUACAGGACAGACGAUGAAUUUUUAUUGAUAUUUCUUCGACCUUGUAAAUUUUAUCCUGAAAGUGCAUACGCUUUGAUGCAAAGAAUUGCUGAUUUUAAAGUUAAAAAUGCAUCGCUUCUUGAUAAUUUAAUGCCGAAUGAUGAAAAAACAGCGAUAUUAGAGAAUAAUGUCGUAAAUGUCUUGAAGGAUCGUGAUCACAAAAACAGACGUGUGCUUGUAGUAAAUGCUGGUAAAUCAUGGGAUCCUUCUAAGGUGACAGCUGAUCAAAUGUUUAGAAUAUUUUAUUUAAUACAUGAAGCUGCUCUUUUAGAAACAGAGACACAGAUACGGGGCGUUGUUGUUAUAAUGGAUUUUGAUGGAUUAUCAAUGAAACAAAUAAUGGGAUUAUCGCCAUCAUUUAGUAUGAGAUUGUUAUCAUUUAUUCAGGAUGCUAUGCCACUCCGUUUGAAAGAAGUACAUUUUGUAAAACAACCAUUUCUCUUUAAUCUCGUUUGGAAUAUGUUCAAACCCUUUACUAGGGAAAAACUUAGAAAACGAAUGUUUUUCCAUGGAUCAAAAAUGAAUUCUUUACAUGCAUAUUUAGCUCCUAGUCACCUUCCUGCAAAUUAUGGAGGAGAAUUACCAGAAAUUGAUUACACUGGUGCUGAUUGGUUUCCAACUAUUUUAACAUGUAACGAUUCUAUUAGAGAAUGGAAUACAUAUGGAUAUCGCAAAUAAUAUAAUAAUGUAAUAAAAGUUUAUGGUAACAUAGCAGUCUUUGUCAAAAAAAUUUAAAUUAAAAAGAUUGCUAUUAA